GGACCACGAAGGUGAUUUCUCAACACAUGUCCAUCUACCUCAGGCAUACAUCGAGGUAAACAAAGAUACAUAUAUUCAAGUGCCCCAGCUGAAAUCCUGACGUGGAGGCUCGCCGUGAUCAAGACCAUGCCUGGCUUCAGUGUGACAAUCGUGAUACUACUCUUCGUUGGAAAUUCAUUUGGGGCAAACUACUCAUUCACCGUGGACUACGUGAAGGACUGCUUCAGGAAAGAUGGGCAAGAGUUUCGCUACAUAUCUGGGAGCAUCCAUUACAACAGGAUCCCGAGAGUCUAUUGGAAAGAUCGUCUGCUCAAGAUGUAUAUGGCGGGCCUAAAUGCCAUUCAAAUGUAUAUUCCCUGGAACUACCAUGAACAAUCUCCGGAUCAAUACAGCUUCUCUGGAGACAGAGAUUUGGAGUACUUCCUACAACUGGCACAAGACAUUGGUUUACUGGUCAUCCUUAGACCUGGUCCAUAUAUAUGUGGAGAGUGGGACAUGGGUGGUUUGCCUGCCUGGCUUCUCAACAAGAGGGACAUUGUGCUGCGGUCUUCAGAUCCAGACUAUAUUGCAGCAGUAGACAAAUGGAUGGGGAAAUUGCUACCUAUGAUAAAGCCUUUUCUAUAUCAGAAUGGUGGCCCUAUCAUCACUGUGCAGGUGGAGAAUGAAUAUGGCAGCUACUUUGCCUGUGACUACAACUAUCUGCGCCACUUGACCAAGUUAUUCCGCUCCUACCUGGGCGAGGAGGUGGUGCUGUUCACCACAGACGGGGCUCAGGUAGGAUACCUCAAGUGUGGCUCCAUACAAGGUCUCUAUGCGACCGUUGACUUCGGACCAGGUGGAAAUGUAACUGCAGCGUUUGAUGCACAGAGACAUGCUGAACCUCACGGACCUUUGGUUAACUCUGAAUUCUACACAGGCUGGCUUGACCACUGGGGCAAAAGACACUCAGUUGUAGCCUCUGCCACAGUGGCCAAGACCCUCAAUGAGAUCCUGGCCCUACGAGCAAACGUAAACCUGUAUAUGUUCAUUGGUGGAACAAAUUUUGGCUACUGGAAUGGUGCCAAUUCACCCUAUGGUCCACAGCCUACCAGCUAUGACUAUGAUGCUCCUCUUACGGAGGCAGGAGACCUCACGCCAAAGUACUUUGCCAUUAGAGAAGUCAUUAAAAUGUAUCAUAAGAUACCAGAAGGACCAAUACCUCCAACAACUCCAAAAUAUGCAUACGGGGCUGUUAAAAUGAGGAAGCUCCAGACGGUAACCGAUGCUGUAGAAACACUGUCUUACUCGGGGCCUGUCAAAAGCAUGUAUCCUCUUACUUUCAUUGAAUUGAAGCAGGCCUUUGGGUUUGUCCUUUACAGGACUACGCUGUCCAUGAACUGCAGCACACCAACACCCCUGUCUUCACCACUGAAUGGGGUCCAUGAUAGGGCAUAUGUGUCAGUGGACGGGGUGGCAGUGGGGAUCCUCGAGAGGGAUAAAGUCAUAGCGGUUAAUGUGACAGGGAUGGCUGGCAGUCAGGUGGACAUACUGGUGGAGAAUAUGGGCCGAAUUAACUAUGGAAAGUACAUCAAUGACUUCAAGGGUUUGGUGUCCAAUCUGACUCUGGGGAAAGAUGUUCUCACUGGCUGGACCAUCUACAGUCUCAGUAUUGAUGAGGCAGUCAGUCAGGGUCUCCUUUGGGAAACUGAGCCUACAUCAAUGGACACACCUCAGCCUGCCACCCUCUCUCCUCCAGCCUUCUAUGGUGGCAGCUUUCUCAUUCCCAGUGGCAUCCCAGACCUGCCUCAGGACACAUAUAUUCAAUUCCCUGCCUGGAGGAAGGGACAAGUUUGGAUCAAUGGCUACAACUUGGGACGUUACUGGCCCAGCAGAGGUCCUCAGAUGACACUUUUUGUGCCUGCCAGCAUCCUCAGCACAGCUGCACCCAACAAUGUCACAGUCCUGGAGAUGGAGGAGGCACCCUGUAUUACGGGACCAUGCACUGUGGAGUUCACCAACAGCCCCAUUCUGAAUGCCACAGUCCAAGGUGAUCACAAACAGAUGGAACUCUUUAGGAAAGACAAUUUUCUGCCCUAAAUCACUUUGCACACCUAACUCACAACGUUGCACAAAGGAGACCUAUUUACACCAUUAAUGGUUGUCUGGUCCCAAGUCAGCGAUGCUGUUUAAAUACACAUUUGUUUGUUAUGCUUAUCUGGCUGCAAAGAAAUGCUACCAGCUCAGCUUUUAAAAAACUAAGUUGAUCAGGGCAACAGGAUGUUUUUGGGAUUUAACAUAAAUGAUUAUGUCCUGUUGAACAUAACUAAUGAAGCACUGUAAAGAUUUAUUUUUUCUCCAUGAUUAUCACACAAAUCACGGGUGGCUUUAUCUCAGUGAUUCUUGACAUUGAUUGUCGAACGCCUGUGUUUUUUCUUGUGGGAAAAGAAUAAUGUUGUUUAAGAGGCCUUAUUUGAAGAAAAAAAAAUAGUGCAAGAAAUGUAUUAUUUUUUGAGAAAUCACAGAAGGGAAAUUUGUUUCAGGAUGAAAAUCAUACAGUGUAUGCUGUUAUGUAUUACUGUUCUUGUGUUUUUAUAUUUAAAUAAAUGGUUUUAAA